GUCGAAAGCUAGCUACUAUUCUACUCUCACUGAUUUCUUAUUACAUAUUGACUGAAAAUUAGGUGACAUCUGUCAAAGGCCUACUUACAAGCCCACUUCAAACGUAGCGUCUAAAAAGUCGCUGCCAACUCGAUCUUUACGCUCGUGCGCUCUCCUUUCUCACGCUUGUGCCCCCGUUGCCACGCCUUGUUGAGGCGUGCGCCCAGACAGCCGUCAAGACGACUUACUCAAUUAUGAAGAUGAGCUCGCCAAGGAUCAUGCAGCAGAAGCGCAGUAGUAAAUCCUCCAAUUCGUCACGUGUCUCGAUGACCACGUCGACGGCGGAGGAGAAUCUCAUUGAAUCGAAGCUCUUCAGCUGGAUGCGACUCUUUCGCUUUGCCUCGCUGCUCUGUCGGGCCGAGUAGAGAACCGAGAAUUCUCCCAAUUAUUCUCUAGCUCUUAAGAGGCCAACCCCCUAACCCAAUAAAGAUAAUGGAAAUGCAUUAAAAAUAAUGAAUAAAUCAGAUAAAGUAAAAGAUACUCGUGCUAGUUGCCGCUUUCGAUUCAAGUUUUCCUAUUAUGAUAAACAACAAAACUAAAGAAAAUUAUUAAAUAAAUCGAUACAAGAAACAAUAAUCACCUUAUAGAUUCUGCAAUGUAGAGCUUAAGAAUUGGAAUUUCAUUAUCAAAUUAAUCAGUUCACUUUGAUUUUCUUUAUAUCUUUCACAAUUAAGUCAAUUUUUAGUGUACAUUUCGCCAGAAUUCCUUGCCGGAAUCUGUGCGAAAUUUGUCGCGCCUUUCGUACCUUUUGUAUUGUAAUAAGAAAAAAAUAAGUAAUCAUAUAUGAACACGUAUGUAUGUGUGUGUAUUAUUGCGUUGUUUUUUCGGGAUUAGUGCUUAAGUUGAAUAACAACAACCAAAAUAUCCAAAACAGCAGCAAACACAAUAUUAAACCACAACAUAAACGAAAUAUAUUUUUGUAAUUUACAAAACUGUUUUUGCAUGUCACAAACAAAUAAAUAAACAGAAAUGUUAAUUCAUGGCGAAAUGUUAAAAAUUAACUAAAAUGCUAAUCAGCUAAAAUGCAUUACUAACAAUAAUAAUAAUAUUUUCAAAAUAUAUGUAUACAAGUAGAGCAGUAUUUACAGAUCCGAAAUCGAUGCAAGCAAAAUGCGCUUACCGAAAACUUUAGACACACAUUUACACCCACACAUACUUAUUUUCCCCCCAGUAAUUGUAAAUCGCAUUUAACCCAAAGAUGUUGCCAAUCAAGAAAAAAUAUAUAUAUAUUACAUAAUUAGCGCAAAGAACAGAUAUCAGAAACUGGCAUAUUGUUUAAACAAAUGUAAUAGAAAACAUUUUAAUUCUACAAAACCUCAAUGAAGCAAUUGACAGUAAAAUGACAAGAACAAAUAUCAUACAAUUUGAAACUAAUUUUAAAUUAAUAAUUAGUUAGUAAGCAAUGUAAUAAACAUACAAAGAACAACAACAACUACCACUGGCAAAAAACCAAACAAAAUAAAUGAAAAACAAUGCAAAACAUUAGUAAAUGUUGACAAAAUGAAAUACAAUGCAAUAAAUCGAUAUCGAUAAAUAAAUAAAGUCCUUAAGCAUGUUGUGUGUUCAAUGCAAAUAAAA